AUGGCUGCUGUUGGGGAGACAAAGCUAGUGGACCUGAACGGGAUUCAGGUCUGCGUCAGGGUGCGCCCGCUCAAUGACAGGGAACGCAAUGAGGGCCUGAGGUCAUGCGUGACCUUUGACGAGCCGUCACGGCAGGUGGUGCUGCAGGCAGUGGACAAGGAGACGCUCAUGCAGCUGCGCGGCUGCACCGCCAAGGGAUUUGCGUUUGACCGGCGCUUCGGCGUUGACCAGACCAGCGAUGACAUAUACGACAACUGCGUGGCGGGGCUGGUGGAAAACCUAUUCAAG